AGAAAGAAAAAAAUAAAAGUCCUCAGAAAAAAAGAAAGAAAGAAAGAAAGAGAAAGAAAAGCACUUGGCGUUUCACUUCUGAGGACACUCUCCAGAUUGCCCAACAAAACUCUUGGACCGUUUCAAAUAAAAACUUCACAAUCUAGAGACAGAGAGAGAGAGAGAAAACAAUACAAGAACAAGAGAGAGAGAAAGAAGAAAAGAGAUCGAAUGCGACCACCUUCCAUUCCCUUCUUUACCCUUCUCUUCUCCUCCAUUUUCUCUCCAAACCCAUAUCGUCAUUUUGAGCUUCUCCCCCGCAUUAUCGACUGAAGAUUCGAUCAGAACCGAGGUUUUUCCCUUCUGGUUCUUCUUCGAUUUCAGUUUCAGCAUCUGGGUAUUUGUUAUCGUUCGUCCAUGGCGGCGGCGUCCACUGUUGCAUCUCCGCUCUGCACGUGGCUGGUGGCGGCUUGCAUGUCGGUCACGUGCGGCGGCGACCACCCCUCGACGCCGUCUCUGGCCUCCAAGAGGCUCAACAGGUGGGCCCGGAGGCGGAGAAUCUCUGCCGCCAAAUGCGGGGCCGAAUUCAAGACGGCGCUGAUGCGUGGAUCGAGCAUUCAGGGUCUGAUGAGCUCUUGCCUCGCCUUCGAGCCCUGUAAUGAGUACUACAACUCCAAUGGACUCUCUUCCUUGGGCUGUAAUGGAUUCUCGUCGCUCUUCAGAUCCAAAACCGGUUCCUCCAAUCGCAGGCAGAGGCGGAUUAAUCGAGCUAACCAUUCUGGGGAGACUGUUGCUGUAGCUGUGCAACCUGCCGAGGAAGUGACCUCAAGGAAGAAACCAGUAAUGAACCAGAGGCGAGUAGUUGUGACGGGGAUGGGCUUGGUGACGCCGCUCGGGCAUGAUCCAGAUGUUUUCUACAAUAACUUGCUUGAGGGUGUUAGCGGCAUAAGUGAGAUAGAGACUUUUGACUGUGCCCAAUUCCCAACGAGAAUUGCAGGAGAGAUCAAGGCUUUCUCGACUGAUGGAUGGGUUGCGCCGAAACUAUCCAAGCGAAUGGAUAAAUUUAUGCUUUACUUGCUUACUGCUGGCAAGAAAGCCUUGGCUGAUGGUGGAAUUACGGAGGAUGUAAUGAAUGAAUUAGAUAGAACUAAAUGUGGAGUUUUGAUUGGCUCAGCAAUGGGUGGCAUGAAGGUUUUUAAUGAUGCAAUUGAAGCAUUGAGGAUUUCAUAUAGGAAGAUGAAUCCUUUCUGUGUACCUUUUGCGACUACAAAUAUGGGUUCUGCCAUGCUUGCUAUGGAUCUGGGUUGGAUGGGCCCAAAUUAUUCGAUCUCUACUGCUUGUGCUACAAGCAACUUUUGUAUUAUGAAUGCGGCAAACCACAUCAUUAGAGGUGAAGCAAGCGUGAUGCUUUGUGGUGGCUCGGAUGCAGCAAUUAUACCUAUUGGUUUGGGGGGCUUUGUGGCUUGCCGAGCACUUUCACAACGUAACAAUGAUCCAACUAAAGCUUCACGUCCUUGGGACAUUAACCGUGAUGGAUUUGUUAUGGGAGAAGGAGCUGGGGUUCUGCUUCUAGAAGAAUUAGAACAUGCCAAGAAGAGAGGUGCGACUAUCUAUGCUGAAUUUCUUGGUGGAAGUUUCACAUGUGAUGCCUAUCACAUGACUGAGCCACAUCCUGAUGGUGCUGGUGUUAAACUCUGCAUAGAGAAGGCUCUAGCCCAGGCUGGGGUAUCUAAGGAAGAUGUAAAUUACAUAAAUGCUCAUGCUACGUCCACGCCAGCUGGAGACAUCAAGGAGUAUAACGCUCUUGUUCAUUGUUUUGGCCAGAAUCCCCAGUUACGUUUAAACUCGACAAAAUCCAUGAUUGGUCAUCUUCUUGGAGCAGCUGGCGCUGUGGAAGCUGUUGCAACAGUGCAGGCAAUACGAACGGGAUGGGUCCAUCCAAAUGUCAACUUGGAAAACCCCGAUGACGGCGUGGACAAGAGUUUGCUUGUGGGGCCGAAAAAAGAGAGACUGAAAGUUAAAGUGGCGCUGUCGAAUUCAUUUGGCUUUGGCGGCCACAACUCCUCCAUCCUGUUUUCCCCUUACCAAUGAGACCGAUCCAAUGGGCUACUCCGACCUUGAUGCAAUGACGCUGAAGUUACUCGGGAAAAAUCUUAGACGCCUUUUGUAUGUGAUCUUCUCUUUGGUUGGACUUGGGGGAAAAAAGGGCAUAUAAUGGCAUGCAAAUGAAAGCUGGUUGGACAGCUGAGCUAAUCAUCACCAUUUCUAGGGAAAAGUAUAAAGACAACCCUCUCGGAUGGAAAAUGAGAAAAAUAUUCAGAGCUCCACACAAUGCUUGCAUCACUUGGAACACUCUUUGCUUCCUAAUUUGUUGUCUGGAAAUAUUUUUCCUAUUUUCAUAAAAAGUAGCCACACAAGGCUUUUAGAUCCCUAAUCCAUGUUUAGCUAUAUGUUGGACCUGCUAAUACAAUACUCGUUUUCA